AUGUCAACAACAGAGAACACAACAACUGCUAUCGUUCAUGAAGCCAUAAAUGAAGAAUACGAGUACAUACAAUAUAACAAACAACUCCGUCUCAUUCGUUCGGUCAAAGAUGACAUGUACCAAAUGCAAAGUAUUUUGAAUGCUCUUCGUUCUACAAAGCAAGCAUAUCAUUGGUUUGAAAACCAACAGACAAAAGAACUUUUAGAAGAAUUUCCUCAUAUGUUUGCGACCCUCGAAAAACCGAGGAACGAGAUUCCGUACGAAAAUCGUAAAAUUUGCCAAAUAGUUUGA